AUGGUCUCCGACAACAAACCAACGAUGUUGGGGAGGAAUCAUCAUCAUCCUCCUCCGCCCCCACCGAAGACUGGUUUGCAUGGCUGCAAGUCCUGGGAGCCUUCUGCAUGGGAACUUAUGAACGCCUUCGGGGUCUUCCAGACAUUUUACGAACUGGAUCUCCUCGCCUCCAAAUCCUCCUCGGACAUCUCAUGGAUUGGAUCCACGCAAGCCUUCCUCAUGUUCAUUGUCUCGGCGAUUGUAGGGCCGAUCGUCGACGCAGGUUACGUGCGGUCGUUGCUGGUGCUGGGGGCCUUGCUCACCGUGCUGGGGAUAUGUAUGACGAGCCUGUGCACGGCAUACUGGCAGGUGUUUCUGGCGCAGGCGCUGACCAUGGGGCUGGGGUUCGGGUGCCUGUACGUGCCGGCGCCGACGAUCGUCUCUCAGUACUUCUACGCCCGCACUGCGCUGGCGAUGGGGGCCUCCUCCGCGGGCACGGCCAUCGGAGGCGUCAUCUACCCGAUCAUCUUCACCCGCCUUCAACCCCGCAUCGGCUUCGGCUGGACCACUCGAGUCCUUGCCCUCAUCGUCCUGUUCUACAAAAACAUUGGAAACGCGGGGCUUAUCUACGGGGAAAUGUUUCAAUGUGUCAGAAAUCUCUGGCGGCGUGGAAAUGAAAUCUUUGCUCGUGUGGAACUCCCUGCCGCCAUUUCGCAUGAGACAGCCCGUUUCCGUUUCCACCCAGCCCUCCUGGAUGCCAGUUUUCACAUCGUUAACGCCUAUGUGCAGCACAACAUUGGUGUCAGCGCUGUAUAUCUCCCCUACACACUGGAAGCCGUCGAGGUUCUUGACUCACGCGGUAUCUCGUCAGUUUGGUCCAACGUGAAAGUGAAGAGUCAAACCGAUGACACCUUGAAUGUCGAUAUUUUAGUCUAUUCCGAGGACGGUCGACUGCUUGUUUCUGCCAAGAGCCUCGUCAUCAAGCGGCUGGGUUCCACAAAGACUAUUCGAUCCCUAGAGCAUGAGAUAGCUUUCGAACAUGCGCCGAAUGGGACAGAAUAUGAUGACCGAGUUCCCCGGAGUUUGACGAAUAUUAUCUCCAUCGAUCUCGGCCUAGCCGCUGAUAUUGAUGAUGCCGGUCUCUUCCAGAAUGCCUUUCCUACAGUCCCUAUCCACCGGAGCUCACUCGAAGAAGCCGCUGGCGACUUCGAUUCUGCCAAAUUUGGGUUCCGGCUGGACCGCAGAGUAAUGAUCUACAUACCUGCUGUGAUGAACAUGGCUUCUCCCCAUAUUGAAAAUCAUAUCGAGUCGGUUUAUAGCGCUCUUAGUAGGGUUGCAAACUGGCUACAACACGAUACUGGAAGCUCGACAGUACUCGUUCUCACCAGAGGCGGCUGCUUGACCUCGGCAGACACUCAAUGCGACCCUGCCUCUGCCAGCGUUCAGGCCGCGGUUCGUGUGAUGAGAAACGAGCUGCCGCGGAUAUCCGUACAGCUGCUCGAUCUCCCCUUGCGCGGCUCUUGGAAAUCCCUGCCCUCGCUCGACGAAGUAUUGGGAAAUACCCGAAUCAGUCGGCACGACUGCGUGGUAGCUGUUCGUCCUUCCGGUUGUUAUUAUCCCCAGGUCACGACAGUCGAUAGCGAGUCUGAAGACCGGUGGUCUAAGCCGGUCCCGCAAGAGGAGGAAGAACCCAUUGCGCUGGGCCCCGGAGACGUGGCUAUCGAAGUUCACGCGACGGGACUGAAUUACAACGAUGUCAUCACGUCCAUGGGGAUGCAGUCCGAUCAGGCUACGCCUGACGCGCUGAGUGGCGACAAUCUGGGAAUGGAAAUCGCUGGCGUGGUGACGCGAGUGGGAGCCAAUGUGAGCGGCAUUGAUGUCGGGGCCCGGGUGAUGGCUCGAGUCACCAAGGGUCUUGGAGGGUCGGUGGUGGUCAACCACCAGCUCGUCGUGCCUGUUCCGUCAACGAUCUCGCUUGCAGAGGCAGCCUGUCUGCCCAUGGCAUAUAUGACAGCUUAUUAUGCUUUGGUUUAUCUCGGCCGCUUGGGAGAAGGUGAAUCAGUUCUUAUCCACUCCGGCGCUGGAGGGGUAAGUAUCGCAGCUAUCCAAGUCGCCAAGCUCUUUGGCGCUCGCAUCUAUGCAACAGCCGGUAAUCCUCAACGUCGAGCCUGGAUCCAAGCCAUUGAUGGUGUGGAGGCUGUAUUCGAUUCGCGGUCCGUGACUUUCAGUGAUGAAGUCAAGAAAAUGACCCAUGGCAAGGGAGUGGAUCUGGUGCUUAAUUCAUCAAAUGGGAAUAUCUUUUCUCAGUCGAUUGCCUGUCUGGCUCCCUUUGGCCGCUGCCUCCAGCUGGGUAAGAGCGAUGUCUACCGGAACAUGAGAGUUGGCCUCCAACAAUUCCGGAAGAACUGUACUCUUUUUGUGGUGGAUGUUGACUCCUUGGCCGUCCAAAAGCCUGAGCUCCACCGGAAGCUGCUUCUCGAGGUCUCUGACUUGCUGAACCGUGGAAAGUUGUUGCCUCUCCCGGUCACCCGGUUCCCUUUUGGCGAAUUCCCCAAGGCACUCAAAUCGCUCUCUCGCUCAUCCGCCAUCGGUAAGGUCGCUGUGGAGAUGCCGGAACACGAAUUUGUUCAGUCGAAGCCCCAGGACCGACUGCUGCUGUCAGAGGACAAGACAUACCUCAUCACUGGCGGCACCGGUGGAUUAGGGUUACAGCUGGCCCGCUUCCUUGUCAAACGAGGGGCCCGCCACCUCUUGCUCGUCAGCCGCUCCGGCCCCAAAUCCGCUGAGCAUCGGGCCACCAUCGAUGACUUGAUAGAUCAGGGCGUGAGGAUUAUCAUCAAGCAAGCUGAUAUCGCUGACUACAAGGCGGUUGCAGCGAUCUUUAACAACACCACCGAUUACCCGCCGAUCGCAGGGGUGAUGCACUCCGACCUUGGCAGUCGCAUCCUGGAUUCAUUGGAAGCACAGGGGCUGUUGCAACUUGACUUUGAUACGGUCGAGUCCACACUGGAGCGCCUCAUUAUCCGCAAGACCUGUCACCGUGUCCUGGGUCGCAUCAGUUUCUCCGCAUUCGUUGACGUCCAUAACCACCUCCGGCAAGACGCGUACUAUACCAAGGUGCAGCAUGAAAAGGGGGAAACCAGCAACGACGGUCCGACUGGAUCGGCCAAGGAUGACCAACCAGUGAUCGAGGUCCUGUGUGCCGGCCUCGCCAAGGUUAUCGGCGUCGAGCCGAGCCGGAUCGAGCCGAAAGAAGAGAUCAACACCUACGCCUUCGACUCGUUGACCCUCACGCAAGUGCGAGGUAUGAUUGCCCGAGAACUACGGGUCACUAUGCCCCUGAUGCGUCUCUACAAUAAUCCUACGAUCCAGCACCUUGCAACCGAGAUCGAAGAUAUGCUCGCGGACGGGAAGGAAGAAACCCACAAGGAUGCGAAGCAGACCUAUCAACACGCCGCCGUGGUGGAUCUGGUGAAGGAGCUGACGCCAUUGUCCCCGUGGAUCUUCAAGGGCACCGGUGCCGGAAAACGGGUGGUCUGCUUCCACUCCAUGGGUAUCGGCGCAUCUCUGUUCACGCCCUUCCUCGUCGACUGCCCGCCGGGCCUGGACCUGGUGGCUGUCCAGCUGCCCGGCCGCGAGACGCGGGCCCACGAGGAACUACCCAGCUUCUCCUCCGCCGUGGCGAGUAUCGUGGCGGAGAUCCAAUCGUGGGAGCAACCGCCGGACGUCCUCUGGGGUCACUCUUUUGGCGGAAUCAUUGCCUUCGAGGUCCUGCGGGCUCUGCGUCGGAAAGGUGUCCCCCUGCCCUCCCUGAUGAUCACCGGCACGAUCGCGCCCCAGCUGAUUGGGGUCUGGAAGCGGCGCGAGCUUCUGAUGUCGAGUCUGAGUGGGGACAGCAGCGCCGACUAUCUGCUGGCGGUCACCCGCUACGUGGACGAGCCGGACUUCGUCAUCGGGAUUCUGGAGAUGCUCCAUCACGACGCACCACUCCUCUUAGAUUACGAGUACCAGGAGGAGAGUGAAUUAGGGGUACCCAUCGUGGCUUUCUCCGGGCGCCAAGAUGAUAUCGCGUACCGCGAAGAGUUGGCUCAUUGGGGUGCGCAGUCGAAGAAUUUCACGCUCCGUGAAGUGGAUGGCGACCAUUGGUUCUUGCGACGCAACAAGGAUGUUCUGCUCCAAGCUUUGGUGGAGUUGGCGGGUGUGGGAACCGCAUGA